AUGAGGGUGAUCGAGUCGAUCGGAACAAUCCAGAUCGACAUCACUCGUUGUUCUCUCGUCCUCGAACCGAGGAGUCGGUACGAUGAAGACCUUCGGACUAGUAAUCAGAUGAAGUUCUCCGAACAACGCCUCAAAGCUUCUCUGGCUACUACGGCCGGCUUGGCCCCAGAAGGUCGGUAUUCCUCGGACUCGCCCCCUUCGAUGGAGUGGUACGACAAAGAACGUGACCCCAAUCCUUUCCUACAAUUUAUUUUCAAGUACAAACCCCGAGCAAUCUUGGAAAAUGAAGGAACCAUUCCCCCGCGAGUUGGAGCUGAAGUACUAGAACCGGAUCCAGUAAUAGUACAAAGUGAGACCGAAUGUAAGCAGGGAAUCGACAGGAACCGUAAAAGACUCAAAGGUGAGGAGAUGGAGCAGGAGGAGGAGAAGCCGCAGAAGAAAAAGCCCAAGAUUGUUGCUGAUUUGACCGGGUCGGACUCGGAGGAUGAGUCUAGUGUGAAGAUUGAUGACGAGAAGAAUGGCUCGGACUCGGAUGCAGAGAGCCGGACGCUGUUAGGAAGUCCGGCGACUGGAAGCUCAGAAGCCAGUCGCCGAACCCCGGCAACUGGUCGCCGGCCGAUCUCUCCUCCUCAACCCGGCCCGCGCCCGGAGGCUUAUAGAACGCCCAGGACGGCCCGCGAGGCAGUCCACGCGCUCUCCAAUUCGCUGCAUGAUCCCCUGAGCUCCAGCCAACAGAGGAUCAUCGGAGACCUCCUUGAUCGGGUUUACGCACGUUUCAAACCCAACAACAUUGGCACUGAGCAGUCCGACUUCCUCCUCCCGGUGGAAGGCCGAGACGAGCUAGCUGGAGUUUUUGCAAAGCACAGGAACAGCCAUGUCUCGGAUAGCCUUCUGGCUGAGGUCGCCCCCAAGCUGGAGGAAGUGAUGAAUGGGAUGUUACGGAUCCCAUCAGCCCCCGCACGGAGUGGUCGGAUCGCUAUGGACGAUGAUGCGGUGUCGAUCAAGGACUGGACGGCAUCCGUGGAGAGCGUUUGUGACUCGAUUUUCUCGCCCACCAAUCUUCGGCCUUUCUUCCCGAAGGCCAUCGACCUCACAGCUCUAUUAACCAAGCCAGACGCUGUCCUCUCUGAGGAGGCCCACAGGAGGUUCCGGGCCAUCACCUUAUCGCUCAUCCAUCCUCAGCAAACCCAAAAGAAUACCUGGGCUCGCGCCGUCAAUGAGGCCGUCUUCCUGGGAACUAACCCCCGAUUACCCACCCCGGCUCUCAACCUUUUGCUCCAAAAGGGCCACUACGCCUGCAUGCGCUUUAGAGCGUUUCUUCACUUCAGGAACAGUAGUAAUUCAAACAGGAAUCAGAUUCUUGGCAGCUUGAAGCCCUCAAAAUUCCCUCACCAGAUACUCAUCGGUUUCUUAUUGCUCGGUGUGCGGGGCUUAUUAGGAGCGCCGAUGAGCAACCGGACGACAUUCCAUCCGGGCGUCUGUCUGAUGAGUGAUCUUAUGGGCUUGAGGGAGUCUGCUCCCCCGGAGCCCAUCUGGUGGCACACUCGCCAGCUGAUCAUCCGAACGAUCAAUGAGAAUGAUGAGCAUCUUGACACUCGCCAUCUGGCCGCUGCCAUCCGACAAGACUUCCUCGCCUUUUGCUCCAUCAAUAUCCCCGUCAUCCCUUUCGUUCUCUUAUCGAAUCAAGUCCAGCAGCUUCCCUCCGAAGUAUUGCCUUUGGAGCACUAA